AUGUCAUCGAACACUGACCUCAGCUUCGAAUGGUCAUUGCUCACCAAGAAGGACUGCCGCAAGUGGAACACUGCCGACUUGCAGUUGGCAGCAGAACUUGGAAAAACGCUACUAGAACGAAACAAAGAGCUCGAAGCAACGCUAAAGCACCAUCAGAAUAUUAUUGAGGAUCAUGUACAGGAAAUAGAGUAUUUAACAAAACAGAAUGCUGCGCUGCGGGAGGUCAACGACUCGCGGAUGAAAAUCUACGAACAGCUGGAGGUGAGCAUUCAGGAUCUGGAGAGGGACAAGUACAAACUUGCGCUCGAGUAUCAGGCGGAGAAGAAGCACGUUAAACAGCUGUGUAGCAAUAUAGAGAGCUUAGAAACCAAAGUAGAAGAACUGUCGCGAUCGCUCGAAGAUGCUCGACGGCAGGCCGAGGCGGAUCGAAGGACGAAGCAAACGGAACGGUUACUCAGUCAGCAGCAGCAGCAGCAGCAACAGUUACCGGGACUGGCAGUAUUUAAACUCAACAGCCAAACCAGCCAUGCAUCGAAAGACGCCAUACCCGUUGUUUCGCCGCAGGAGGACGAUACCACCAGCCGACGAACAGAGGAAUCAUGUCCACAGAGCAAAUCAAUGUCCAUCGCAGCGGCGAACAACAGCGGUUCCGUUCCGCCGUGCCAGGAUGGGGACGACAGGGACGAUGGUACGGAGGAACACAUACUGUGCGAAGAUAACGAGGAGGUGCUGCGCAUUAUGCAGGAGCUUCAGCGUACGCAAAAGUGUCUGCUGUCCGAGCAAGGCAAGGUGGGCGAACUGGAAGAGCAGCUGGCGGCCAUCGCCCAGGAAAAUACGGCACUCCAGUCGAAGCUGCUGAAUACGCGCUCCUACGAAAUAAAGUCCGUGCACGAUGAGCUGUCAAUGCUGGCGGAGUUCGGGCAAGGGCAGGUGUGUACCAGAUGCCUGCGAGAUCUUGGCGAGCAACCGGACAAUGAUUCCAUCAUCACUGGCACCGAGGACGAUGACGCCAGCCUGAUGGAUCUCAUCCACACCGCGGACAUACCGAAAGUGUAUCGGUCGUCUGUCACGAUAGAGAUAGCGCCGACGAAGCCGGACAGCUUGGAUCUUUCCGCGAGCGAAUGUGCCGGCCCGAGUAAUCCGUACCGCGAGUUGGUGGAAAAGUAUGAGGCACUGCUGGAGGUCCACCGGCAGCCGAUUGUGCGGAAGGCGACGGCGGCAUCGGCGGGAGCGGCAACGGCCGGCUCGGGUAACAACACACCCGUCGACAGCUGCCAGCCGCAGCAGCUGCUGGCGGACGCGGUGGACGGUGAACCGGCCCCGCGCUAUAUGAUCCAGUUCAAUCCCGCCAUCGUAGCCUGCGACGCGCAGGAAAGGCACGCGGGCGAGCAUCAGGGCAUCAGGGCGGCGGCGGUGGCGGCCACCGAGUGCUCCGAAACCGAAACCGCGAGCUCCGGCUACUCGGACGAGGUUAGCAACAAGGCGACCCAGACGGAUGAGAGCCCGCGCAACUUUCUCUGCACGAUCGCGGACGGCAAGGACUGGCGGUUCAGCAUCUACGAGGACGAGAGCGCCAUUGAUUCGCGGUUCCGCUUCAGUCCGGCGCACCGCGAGCUGUUCCGGGAGAUAUUUAGCGUGCUGCGCAAGGCGGCCGAAAACCGCGACGAGGGCGACCAGCUCCCGCUGCUGGAUGAUGCGAAACCGGGCGUUGGUGUGGUGGCGGGCAGGGGAACGACCAACCCGGUACCGCCGGUAACGCCCGCGAACGAAGAACCGCCUGCCGGGUUCGGUGUGGGGGAGGAGGAGGAGGACGACGACGAGACGGUCAGCUUCAUCUCGUCCUCCGCCGUCAGCGAGCAGUCGUUCGCUAUGUCCGAGUGCAUCACUAAGUCAGAGCGUCGCCGCAUCGCCCGGCAGGCGAAGGCCGCCUGUCGGUACGGGGAAGAGGAGCCCAAACCGCUGGAAAGUCAUCACGCGGACGAUCCGACCAACCGCCAACCACCGCAACCCCAGCAGCACCCGCAACACACAGUGCCCGGCGCGGCCCCGCUCGACUACAUCUCGGUAACGGUCGGUGUGCACAAGCGCAAGUCGCGCCGCCGAAGCCAUCGGAGGGAGUAUAACCAAACGGUGGAGCUCAUGCCACCGACACCGCCGCGCACGGGAAGUGCGCGCAAGAACCGGCCCUCGUACCGACCCUGGAACCCGGAACGGGACGGGGCCACCGUCGUGCCGGGCGAGUGGAACGGCAACACGAUGACCGUUUACAACCGGGCCAUUACCAAACCGGAACAGUCGGCCCCGGCGAGUCACAGCCAACAGGGCGCCACCGCCCUGCCCGAUGCUGCCAGCCCGAGUGCCAGCGCAAUGCCGCCCAAAUCCGGCCGGCGGUCCGGUGAGAAGAAACGGAACUCCGCGGGACUGCGGAAUCGCUAUGCGGAUCUAAUGGAUGACGCCCAGGGGGAGGAGGUGGUGCAGUUCCGACCCUCGCCCGCCUCCCAGCACCUGCACAAGCUACAGAAGUUGGAUCUCUCGUACGCGGAGGUGCUGCGCCGCGCGGAUGGCAGCAACCCGUUCCCCGCCCGACGCCAGUACGGCAAGCCGCAGUAG